AUGCGGCUGGGUAUUCUCACUGCAACUUUGUUCAUAGUGGGAGUGGCUUCAAAAGACUCCUCGAAGCAUAAAGAUCACGUAAAUCACCCCAAAAAACCAGAUGCGCCAGUAAUUUUCGAUUUGACCGAAUGCGUCAGAGGUUUUGCCACGAAGUUCGCAGAGGAAAGACACCGAGAGCUCAUCUCAUGUGACCUUUCAGCUGCUGGCGAGUUUUCAGAUAUCACUCACAAGGGAAGAACACCUUUUAAAAUCAAGCUCGGAAAUAUCACUUACGGAACCCAUGUUCACUCGAAGAUGUCCAAAAAAAGUACCAACUAUACUCAAUAUUUCAUGAAUCCGUAUACGGAACCCCAACCUGGACGCUACAUGAGUAAUGUGAGGGCACCGAUAGCUGCUGUAUGGAAAUUUGAUUCAGUCUUCAAGAGCGAAUUCCCGUUAGUGACCUCAACGGAACCUCCGAAGGUAUAUAACGGUUCCCAAGAGAGAAUUUACGAAUUUGAUUUCAACGGUACAUUAAGGCUGGAACGGAAGGGAUACACUAAUCAUAUUAGAAACAAGACAUUCAAGAUAAAACCGGGGCAAGAAGUAGAAGUGACUGAGACGGUCAGGGAAUCGACGAAGGUGAGACCAUUCUCUGUAAAUGUCACCCUGGUGGGCUACUUUGGCAUCAAACUAACUACAAGGGGAGACGAACCUGGUUCUCAUGUAUUUUGCGUCACCGAGCUACCAUGUGCACACCUCAAGAAAACGGGGGCAGAUGAAAUGACAUUUGAAGUUAAUGGGACAUUCGAGGAGCACUAUCCAGUCUCGGCAAUCACACUGACAAGUCACAACUUAAAGAAGAACCAAGAGGACAUUCAGGUGGCUUCCGACCCAAAAUCCAACUCCAUCUAG